GCGGUCAUAUUCAGAUCCGACCCGGAUCCGAUAAGGUCUUCGGAUCUAUGGAAACCCUGCUGGAAGCGGGUGCACCCGCUUUGGCUACUCGCUUACAGAGCCAUGGUUUGCGCUGUAAUGUCCUACCUCUUGAUCGAGAUGGUUGUUUAUCGAGGAGCCAGCACUUUCUAUUUCUAUACUCAGUGGACUUUUACACUAGUCAUCAUCUAUUUUUUGAUCGCAACCUUAAUAUCGGCUCAUGGUUGCUGGACUUAUUCAAGAAGAUAUGUCAUUGAGAACGAGGAGGUGGCUAGAAGACUUUUGGAGAGGGAUUUUGAAGCAAACCUACCUGAGGUGUUGAUAUCAAGGACUAAUGAAAAUGGUAACUCAGUCAAAUUGCAGAAUUAUCACGAGCAAGGAGAAAAUGAGCAAAUGGCUGGGUUUUGGGGGUACACGAUGCAAAUUGUUUAUCAAGCUAGUGGAGGUGCCUCUAUAUUGACGGACUUAACUUUUUGGUUUCUUUUAGUACCAUUUGCGGAUCCUGAGUAUCUCAGUAUUAAUCCUGUAAGAGGAAGCUUCCAUAGCCUCAAUGUGGUGUUUCUUCUACUUGACACUGCCCUCAACAGACAGCAAUUUCCAUUUUUCCGGGUGGCAUAUUUUAUUCUGUGGACCUUCGCGUAUCUAACUUUCCAGUGGAUCCUUCAUGCUUGCGGCUUGCAACAGUGGCCGUAUCCUUUUCUUGAUCUGAAUACUCCGUCGGCACCUUUGUGGUAUUUUUCCAUGGGGUUGUUCCACAUCCCUUGCUAUGGCAUGUACAGUUUGAUAGUGAAGGCGAAGAACUCAGCUUGUAGUAAAUUCUUUCCACAGUCCUACGCGACUUCUUGUUAGCAAGUUAGGGAUGAAACUGCAAUUUUCUCAACAGGGAAAGUGUAGAAUUGUAUUACAGGCGUUAACAAUGAUAAGUUUAUGUUUGUUAGCAUCUAGUUUUUGAAUUUUCUUUUCUUUUCGCUCUCUCCCCAUUGAAGUUUGUGUUGGAUAGCAGAUUCCUAAUAUGUUUCCUAAUUUGUUUUGGUAACAGAUUAUUGGGAUUCCUAA